UGAAUGGUGGCACGGCACAGAGCACAUCGGACGCAGAGACUUGGUGCGAUCUGCAUCUCGACGCUAAUUAUAGUAAACAGACAUGCAUACGCGCGCGUGAUUUGCGUGAAGUGAUAAAGUUUAUAGUCAGUUUUUAUCGCCUGUAUUGCGCUGCUAUUGUGCGUCGGAUUUUGCCGCGCGAUGAUAUAUCGCGCGAUCGGCUGUGAUUAUUUGUAAUUGCCGUUGAAGCAAAGAACGAGAAAAGAACGAGAUACGAAAAAAACGCGGCUCGGAAAAAAGACCGCGUUAAAUCGACCGUUACGUAUCGGUGCGACGGAAUGAUCGGAGAAUAUCUAUCACUUCAAGUGCAAUCUCCGAUCUCUCUUGCGAUCAAUCUGUAAAACAAAGAAGGAACGACCGUGUUUGUUUUUCUUCCCCGACCGUGGAUAUUGCAAGCAAGAAUCAUGCCUCCCACCGUGUCGCAAGUUGAACAAAAUUUGAAGUACAAAGAAAUAUCUCGCAGUAGAAAGUUUGACGAGAUAGAAGAAACAGCUGAAACAAAUGAAUUGGAAGCUGACACAGGAAAUUUGACUAUGUCGGAUUUACAUUCUAAGCAAGUAGCAAAACGAAAAAGAGCGAGUACUGAAGAAAAUGAUCCUCAGUGCCAAGCAGAAUCGAGUCAAACUACUACCACAGUGGAAGUGGACAAAGAAAAUAAUAAUCCACAAAUAAAUCAAGAUGAAAUAGUAGAAGAAAAUGUCGAAAAGAGAAAGAAGACGGAAGGCAAAAAAGAAAAAAGAAAAUAUAGAUCCAAAUUAAGAUCCAAAAAUACAUCUUUAUCACAAUCUGCUAAAGCCAAUCGAUGCAAUUAUUGUAGACAAGAUUUGGAGGAAAUACACUUCUAUCCGGGACACCCAAAUAAUGCAGAAGAAGAAGCUGUAGCUUUAAUUUCAUUUACGAUGGACAAAGAUGAGCAGGACGUAGAAUUUGAAAGAGAAGAAGAUCGUAGACCUAUAAUUAAGUUGACCAAUUUUAGCGUCUAUGACGAAAACGGACAUCUGUGUCCUUUUGACACAGGUCUAAUAGAGAAGAAUGUAUUAUUAUAUGUUUCUGGAUAUAUGAAGUUUAUUUGGGAAGAAGAUUCCUCACCUGAGGGUGGUGUGCCAGCAAAAGAAAUGGGUCCAAUUGUCGCAUGGUAUACUACUGGAUAUGAUGGUGGAGAACUUGCAUUAAUAAUUUUUGCUACACAGUACGCGGAAUAUUAUUUAAUGGAACCGUCUGAAGCUUAUGCGCCAUUUAUGAAUACUGUUAAAGAAAAGAUAUACAUAAGUAAGUUGGUCAUCGAAUUUUUGCUGGAUGAAAUUAGUCCAACUUACGAGGAUUUGAUAAAUAAAAUUCAGACAACAGUACCUCCUAAAAAUAUGAAGCAGUUCACUGAAGAUACAUUGUUACGCCAUGCACAAUUCAUUUGUGAUCAAGUUUUAUCUUUCGAUGACGCCGCCGAGUCUGACGACGAUCUUUUCAUAACAACUCCUUGUAUGCGAUCUCUGGCAAAUUUAGCCGGUAUUAUUCUCGGCAGAGGGAAAUUUAUUCGGAUGACUCAUCAUCAAAGGCAUCAAAGGAAAUUAAGUAAAGAAAUUAAGAAACAAACUUGGUCGAAGGCUAGUACAACAAAAUUGGUCAGCGAUAUGUUUGAAAAUAUUUUUGCCGACCAAAUUGCUGAGCAUGAUACAACAUCAGGACCUAGAAGACAUCGAUGCGGUGUUUGUGAAAAUUGUUUACAACCCGAUUGCGGAGAGUGUAGUAACUGCCGAGAUAUGAAGAAGUUUGGUGGGAGAGGAACAGGAAAACAAGCGUGUAAAAAAAGAAGAUGUCCAAAUAUGGCAAUCCAGGAAGCGGAUGAUUCUGAUCCGGAAAAUGUAGAACAAUUUGAUGAUUUGAAUGAAGAAGAAGUAGAAACAAAAGUAAAAAGAGACUUUAAGGAAAACUCAUGUCGAAAUCGUGAAAUUGUAUGGGAAAAGAAGGAAGAUAAAAUUGUUGAUGGACGAAAAACAUAUUAUAAAUCAGUCAUGGUUGGAAAUGAAAAAAUCGAAGUAAACGAUUGUAUUCUAGUGGAGUCAAAUAGUCCGACAAAUCCUUUCCACAUUUAUAAAAUUGUGUUUAUGUGGGAAAAUGAGAAUGGAACAAAACAACUUCAUGGAAAUUGGUUUUAUAGAAGUGACCUUACCGUACUUGGGGAAACUGCGAAUCCUAGAGAAUUGUUUUUGAGCGACUACUGCGAUGAUAUACCCGUUUCAUGUAUUAAAUCAAAGGCAAAUGUUAUUUAUAAGAAAGUGCCUGAAAAUUGGUUUGAAUUAGGUAAUAUUGACGUAGAAGAUGAAAUAAAAAAUGUAGAUGAUAGGACGUUCUUUUAUAAGAUGAAAUAUAUAGCUGAAAAUGGUCGAUUUGUGGACCCGCCACCGGAAAUCGAAUGUCCGAAAGAUCGGAAAGAAAACAUUCAUCGAUUUUGUCCUGUUUGCCAUCAAAAUACAACAAUGGAACAUCUUCAGAUACCUAAAGUAUAUGAACUAAUAGAACAAAAAAGCAAAAAGGAAGUGAUCUACGGAGUAGUGAAAUAUAGAGGUCAAGAAUAUAGAGUAGGUAGCGCGGUGUUUUUAUAUCCAAAUGCUUUUAAAUACAGUCGUAUACGGAAAUUCCAUACGACAGUUUCAAAUCCAAAGAACGAAGUAGAUGAAGAAACGUAUCCGGAAUUUUAUAGAAAAAAGUCGGAUCCCAAAAAAGGGACAUACUUAUCCGAACCUUUUCAUAUUGGUUAUAUAAAUACAAUAUACGCUACUACAACUAGUCGAUUAGUUGUCGCCUCGGAUAUUUAUAUCAAAAUAAAUAAAAUGUACAGACCUGAAAAUACUCACCGGGAUUCAGAUUUAAUACACCAAACAGACCUUAACAUGGUUUACUGGAGCGACGACAUAUGCAGCGUACCAUUCUCUACUGUUGCCGGCAAAUGUUAUCUGGCGUAUUCUGAAAAUUUGAGCGAAUCUAUCGAAGAAUGGUCCUCUGCUGGUCCAAAUAGAUUUUAUUUUUCCGAGGCGUAUAACUUUAAAGAGAACAAGUUCGAGGAUCCACCUGACAAUGUUGUUAAUAUAUUUAAAACUAGCAAAGGAAAUGGAAAAAGUAAAUUAAAGGCAAAAAAUGUAAAAACUACCGAAAACAAGCCAGUUUUAGAUAAACCUGUGGAUUAUCCUACUGUGAAGAGAAAAUUGAGAACGUUUGACAUUUUUGCGGGUUGUGGAGGAUUAUCCGAAGGAUUGAAGCAAGCGGGAGUCGCUGAAAGUUUAUGGGCGGUAGAAUAUAUGGAGCCUAUGGCAAAUGCAUAUCGUUUAAAUAAUCCGAAAGCUAUAGUAUUCACGGACGAUUGUAAUACAUUAUUACGAAAAGUGAUAGAUGGCGAAAGUACAAACGACAAAGGUCAGAAACUACCUCAGAAAGGGGAAGUUGAAUUCAUGUGCGGUGGACCACCGUGUCAGGGUUUCAGUGGCCUGAAUCGUUUCAACCGACGCCAAUAUUCAUUAUUUAAAAAUUCCCUCAUUGUUACGUAUUUAUCGUUCUGCGAUUAUUAUAGGCCGAAAUUUUUCUUAAUGGAAAAUGUGCGAAAUUUCGUUUGCUACAAGAAAGGUAUGGUGUUAAAACUGACUCUGAGAUGCCUCGUUCAGAUGGGUUAUCAAUGUACAUUCGGUGUUCUUCAAGCCGGCAAUUACGGAGUGCCACAAACAAGAAACAGAAUGAUACUCUUAGCCGCUGCACCUGGAGAAAUACUCCCGAAUUAUCCAGAACCUACACACGUGUUCAAUAUUUCGAAGUAUUGCUGUACUUUUGUGGAUAAUAAAAAGUACGUCACCAAUUGCGCCUGGAGAACAAGCGCACCAUAUAGGAUGAUCACGGUGAGAGAUUCUAUGUGCGAUUUACCGGAAAUAAAAUGCGGUAAUACCAAAGAAGAAAUGUCUUAUCUAAGCGAACCACAAACGCAUUUUCAAAGAAAGAUGAGAAACAGACAAGACUCAGUAUUAACAGACCAUAUAUGUAAAGAAGCGACAGCCUUAAUGGAGGCGCGGAUGAAAUAUAUUCCAACCGCACCCGGUUCCGAUUGGCGCGACUUGCCGAAUAUCAGGGUGCUCCUGAGCGAUGGGACCUACACAAAGAAAUUGGAAUAUCUGUAUCAUGAUAAGAAAGCUGGAAAAAGUUCGACGGGCGCGUUGCGCGGAGUGUGCAGAUGCAGUACUGGCGCAUCUUGCGAUCCUACUGAUAAACAAUUUAAUACUUUGAUCCCAUGGUGUUUGCCGCACACUGGAAACCGACAUGGUCAUUGGGCGGGUUUGUACGGAAGACUCGAGUGGGAUGGAUACUUUGGCACAACUAUUACCAAUCCGGAACCGUUGGGCAAACAGGGCCGCGUCUUACAUCCAUCGCAAAACAGGCUUAUAAGCGUGAGGGAAUGCGCAAGAUCCCAGGGAUUCCCAGACUCGUUUCGUUUCUACGGCACUAUAAUUGACAAGCAUCGACAGAUCGGCAACGCGGUACCACCGCCGUUGGGAGUUGCUAUUGGAUACGAGAUAAAAAAAUGCAUAUGCGAUAAUAAAACAGAUCAGUCAGAAACUGCACUUGCGGAAAGCCGCGCCGAAACCGCAAUCAGUGCGAACGUCGACAAAACUAACGAAGCUGUCGCGUCAAGGACAGCACCGGAUCGGAUCGAAGGCAAUCUGGAUGAAAUGGCUAGCACCAGCUCUAUGCAAUUCACAUGAAAAACUCGUUUGCGUGAAAUUUACGUAAGAAUGUCUAAAAUGCGUCCGCUUUGAGCGUUCACGCGCUUUGAAGUCUAUCUUUGACUGACGCUUAAAACACGCAAGCGCUCAAAGCAAACACGUUACUCUUAAAAAGAGAACCUGCAUAACCAUAAAUAUCAAUAAUUUUAAAAUCCUUUUUAUCACAGGGCAUAAUAGUUCUUUAUUCUUUUACAUAUGUUUAAUUUUCUGCUUUUCUUCCCAUUUUAAAUUCUAUUUUAACCGAAACUACUACUCAGUAUUAAAUAACCAAUUGUAGGACAUAUUUGAUCUAAUUUGUAUAUUGAUAAAGAUGUGAUGAGAGAUCUUACCCCUACACAGCAAAAUAUAUCAUAAAGAUAUCUGGAAGAUAUCUAAAUAUCAGAAUAUCUGAUUGCGUAAAUACUAGUCAGAUAUCACUGAGAUAUCUGAUUUACAUCUCAGAUAUACUUUGCUGUGUGGGUAUUAUAUAUGAUAAUUAUACCUAGAAAUUUACUAAAAAUUUUCACAUGUAAGAAUGUUAAAAUAGAUUUAUAAAUGUUAUAUUGCAAUUGGAUUAUUGUUGUUUUUAUCAAAAAGUGCUCAACUUUAUAUUUCAUCAUUUGCGCGGUUCUUAAAAUUGAAUUAUUUGCAUCUCGAUACAGAAGGGUUUAUCUUUUUAUAUACACAAUACAUGUUGAUCUUUUUGUAUAUAUAAAUGUACGUAUUACUAAAUAUAUAUAUAGAAAGAUAUGUUUUUCAUACAAUACAUGUAUUAAUAUAUAAAAAAAGAUAUAGGUUUUAUACAUCUUUAUAUAAAACCUAAAAUAAUCAA